ACGCGAUUAGUUGGUGGCGGUGGAGGCGGCAGGUCUCUCUGUCGUUUGCGUGCGCUGCCACCCACACGUUCACCGCUUACCGAUCGCUGCCGCGGCUCCCGCACGCGAAACGUCAGUGCUGCGCGAGCAGGCAGGACUGCAGGACGUGAGCGAAUUUCUUUUCCCCCCAAAAAAACAUCAAAAAUAAAACACCUGCAAGCUGCACACUUUAUUUCCACUUUAAUUUAACCCACAAUCAACUUACAACAUAAAAACGUACGUGCAAUGUGUAUUUCUCGACGCAACGCUGCAAUUCUCCACUUGUAAUCAACGUGUGUGCAAAUUGAAACCCGAAAAGGAUUUAUCUUGUUGUAUACUUAUUAUACACACACUGUGUACACAGUUAUCAGCCGUGAUAUAGACGAUACAAACAUACGAAAACAGCGCGAGUGGAAAAACAAAAUUUAAAUUGAAAAAACAAGUGAAAGUGUUAUAAUUUGAUACAUAUCAGUAAAUUAAUAUGAUUAGCGAGUAUAAUAACGAUAAUAAUUAUGGGGAGUUUGGGAUGGAUGAGCAUCCAGCUGGAAAGCGGUGGGAUCCACUCGGGGCGCCGAAUGACGACAAUGAGCAGCGGGAGGACGCCGAGGCGCAGCAUUCGACGCGGCGAUAUGAUAACGAGUGUACCGAUCAUCAUUGCAUCCAUAUUGAAAAAUAUAAACACCUGGAAGAAGAACAAGACAUGUUAAGCUCUUCCCUAUUCGCACUCACAACACAUUUCGCCCAAGUCCAAUUCCGCCUGCGACAAAUCGUCGAAGCAAACGCCGACGACAAAGAAGACCUUCUCAAGAACCUCGAAGAAUUCGCUUUCCGCGGCAUACCAGACAUCGCAUCAGUCAGAGAAAACAUUUCUUUAGGUGACACAUCCCUAAGCGAAGCUGUAAGCAUGCGAUGUACUCAACAAAUCGAACUGAUCAACAAACUAAAAGAUCAACUACAUGAACUGGAACAAUACGCAUUCGAAAGUGGACAUGCUGGAGUCCCACAAAAUGUCAUUCUUGAACGUCAAAGAGUAAUCCUCAAUGAAUUAAAAGACCGCAUGAAUUUAGAACUGGAUGAAGAUCAAUAUCAUCAAUUGACACCGGAUGCCGUAAAAGCACAGGUUGAUCAAGCACUCGGACAAUUUGUCAGCCCAUUAAAAAUGAAAGAACAUUUAGUUGCACAGUUAAAGACACAAGUUGCUGAUUUAGAGAGAUUUAUCGGAUAUUUACAAGUAGAUUCAAAGAAUGCGAAAUGCGCAUGCGGCUGUGCUUUACACUCAGUCGGAAAGAAUAAAUGCAAAGAAGAUACGCUGGGAAUCGUACAGAGAACAGCGGAAUUGUUACAAAUGUUUGCGAUUUUACAACUGCGAGGCACGCAGCCACGAUUUAAGAAGAAUAAUCUGAAAACCACAAUGAAAGUUAAUCAUUUUGGUGAUCUACGUGCACGUUUGGAAGUAGCUAUUGCUCGUGUGCGUGACAUGAUGAUUGCUGUUGAAACAACUCCUUUGGCUUAUGAAGGAGACUACAGUAGUGAUUCAGAAUCGCCGACGGUUUUGUGUAAUGUGCAGAUUACAACCGCAGUUCGAAAGUUACUCGCGCCGAGUAUAAGAGACCUGGUGCAACAUGGCACUUAUUCUCCAAGUCAAAGUCACAGUGUUGUUCCGUUCAUUGGAUGCUUCUCUCGGAGGCAUUCGGAUGGAGAUGCUUGUGUGCACGUCUGGGAGUUGAUUCUCGAGUAUUACUCGUUGAAGAAUGGCGAAGGGUUCAAUGCGACGCCAGCGCGUAAACUUUCGCAGAGUUUUAAUCUGGAUAUUGCUGGUUCUUCGGUGAAUAGUAGCAAGCAGAGCAUGUUGGGGGCCAUUGGGAGUAUUAUUUCGACGCAUGCGAGGUACAAGAGGAGUUAUGAUGCGCAUUUCAAGGCGUUUGUUUGUGCUGCACUCAAUGCGAACAAAUUGGUGACAUGGCUGAGCCUAAUUUUCCAAUGCAAGCAGUUGAUAAACAUGUAUUACCUGCCGUGGAGCUAUGUAAUGAAAACAGGAUUCCAGGACGGCCUACAGAGCCUGGACACAUUGACGAGGUUCAGUUUCGACCUACCAGUCGAUUUAGCCGUGCGGCAGUUCCAAAAUAUCAAGGACGUCUUCACAUAGUCGUUUAAAUACAAAUACCACCCUAAAACAAUUGAUUUUGGUCCUAAUUUGUACGUUUUGUACAUUCCAAUGCAUUACUGCAUGUUUCAAUGACUGUACGCAGUCAUUUUGUUUUGUUUCGAGUGAUAUCGACCGGUAAAUCACAUCCGUUGCUCAAUUUGGGUUGCAUUCACUUGUAUUUUAUUAUUUAUUACUUAUUUAUCUCGUUAUCGGAACGUUUUGUGCAGUUAAACGUUACUUUGGUAGCUUCCAAGCCGAUCAAGUUAAGAAUUGAUGGUUAUGUUCACAUGUGAAUAUAUCAGCUGAAGACUUAUAAGAUUAAAACCAAUUAAAACUUAUUUAAUCUAAGAAAUAAGGCUAAUUAUAUCAAAUUUAUAAAUGUAUGCGACCAGGAAUAUUUAUUAACAUUGUUUAAACUCACAUGACUAGUUUUCUAUCAAACUAGGGACACAAAAGUCAUAGUUUGUGUGAAAAUGGCGUCGGCAAGAUAAAAACUACUAAUUAUGUUACGUUAUCAAUGGAUUUACGUUAUGUACAGUUAAAAUCCGGCUAUUAUAUGAGCAUAACAAGUUACUUGAAAGUUUCAACAAGAUAUUAAAUUAAAUUCUGAUCAACUAACACUAAA